UUGACUCACGCUGAUGCUCAAUGAUGGCGGACAGUGCGAGUGAGAGCGACACGGACGGAGCCACCCCUCAGUGCUCCUCAUCCUCGUCCUCCUCCAUCCUCAUCUCUUCGUUCCGUCUAGAGGAGUUGACGAACCGCCUGGCAUCUUUACAGCAAGAGAAUAAAGUGCUGAAGAUCGAGCUCGAGACGUUUAAACUGAAGUGUAAAGCUCUGCAGGAGGAGAAUAGAGACUUGCGCAAAGCCAGUGUCACCAUACAAGCGAGAGCAGAACAAGAAGAAGAGUUCAUCAGUAACACCCUGUUCAAGAAGAUUCAGGCACUGCAGAAAGAGAAAGAAACUCUAGCAGUCAACUAUGAGAAGGAAGAGGAGUUCCUCACCAAUGAGCUCUCUCGAAAACUUAUGCAAUUACAGCAUGAGAAGGCUGAACUGGAGCAGCACUUAGAACAGGAGCAGGAGUUUCAAGUCAACAAACUGAUGAAGAAGAUCAGAAAGCUGGAGAACGACACAAUCUCCAAACAGCUCACCUUAGAACAGCUUAGUCGUGAAAAGAUCGACUUGGAAAACACUUUAGAGCAAGAACAAGAAGCUCUUGUGAAUCGGCUAUGGAAACGCAUGGACAAACUGGAAGCAGAAAAAAGGAUUCUUCAGGAGAAGCUUGACCAGCCCGUCUCUGCUCCGCCGUCCCCGAGAGACAUCUCCAUGGAGAUUGACUCACCUGAGAAUAUGAUGCGACACAUCCGAUUCCUUAAGAGUGAGGUGGAGCGGCUGAAGAAGAACCUCCGCACUGCAGAUCUACAGCAUACAGAGAAGAGGGCUCAGUACAUAGAAGAAGAGCGCCACAUGCGGGAGGAGAACAUCCGCCUGCAGAGGAAGCUUCAGAGGGAGGUGGAGCGCAGGGAGGCCCUGUGCCGGCAGCUCUCUGAGAGCGAGUCCAGCUUGGAGAUGGAUGAUGAGAGGUAUUUCAAUGAGAUGUCCGCUCAAGGCCUACGUCCCCGUACCGUAUCCAGCCCCAUUCCCUACAGCCCUUCCCCGUCCUCCAGCAGGCCCAUCUCACCAGGGUUGUCAUAUGCGAGUCACACAGUGGGCUUCACCCCGCCAACUACACUGACCAGAGCAGGCAUGUCCUACUACAACACACCCGGCCUACAUGUCCACGUAGGAGCCUCACACAGCAUUGCAAGACCCUCCCCAAGAAGAAGCAACAGUCCAGACAAAUUCAAGCGGCCCACACCCCCUCCUUCCCCCAACACGCAGCCUGGCGUCCAUCCCCCGCCUCCCCCUCCACCCGCCGUGCAUCCAACAUCAUCCCAGGCAGCUCCACUGCAGCCGCAGCAGUCCUUGCAGCCAUAGAUCAGGGACUUGAAACAGAGCUGCUUCACUGUAACAUCCCUCAAGCCAAAGGCUUAACAAUCCUCAAUGUCUUCAUUCUCUCUUUCUGAAACCAUUCAUCUGUGUUGUGCUCAUAGUUCUGUGUUUGGAAGCGUUUUUGUGUCCACUAAAGAUGGUGUGUGAGGUGAAGGCAUUUCCAGCUCAGAGGGAAUGAACAUCUCUUCAGUGCAUAGCAUAGCUUUAGCAAGUACUUACUGCUUUGUCAUCAGUGUGUGUCAAGCGAUCUACGCCCAUAGUGAUCUCUUAGAAAUUGCUUAGUCAUAAACGGACAAAAAAUACUAUUGAGGAAAUUGUGGUCAUAUAUUUUUCAGACACUUUAAAAGUGUCAUCCAGAGUGGUCCAGCCAGACAUUACAGAAAGCCACAAGUGUGCUUCUGUACUCCAGAUGGAAUCGUGGUCAAAGCAGCUAAUGGCCCUUUAAGGAUAAAACUGGGCCCAAUAACACUUUUGAAUUCUUGGUUAAUAAUUCAUAGGCUAGUGUCUCAGAAAGUGAUAAAAAAAAAUGAAUCAUCCUGCUUAUGCAGUAAUGCUUUUGGUAGUUUCUUCAUAAAUACAUUUGGAAAGCAAGGCAGCAAAAUAUUUUGCAUUAGUGAUGAGUCUCCCAAAGAAGUGUCCAGGUCAAAUUUCAUACUAAAAUCAAGAAGAAGAAGAA